AUGGAAGGAAAAUGGAUAAUAGUAGACAAGUUGGAAACCUCAACGACAGCUGAUGCUGAAACUUCUGAUAAAACAAAAGGAGAUGGAGUAAGUCAGCAACUUGAGGAACUAUUUUUUAAUCUACACAGCUUGGUUUAUAAAAUCAACUCUGGACACAUUACUAUCUCCAAAGAAAUGAUUGAAAAGGCACAAGAACUGUAUGGAUCUCCAGGUAGUUUGGAUAUGCCCACUCAAGACCAGAUAAAACCAGAGAGACUAGAUCAUGUUGACAGUGCAAAAAAAUCAAGCGCUGUUCAAAUACAAGAAACAUGUUCAUCUUUGACAAAAGAAGAAGUGCCAAUCCCUGAUUCAAACCUUCCUUACAAUGAGGAACUUACUGAGAUCCUACUGUCCUAUCCACUUCUGAAAAGACUGGAAGAAAUUAAACAAACAUUAAUAAACCAUCAACAUGAACUGCAGGCAGAAAGCCGUAAUAAUCUACCAGAUCCCACUCCACUGAGUGACAACAGUCUCAUUCCAGCUGAUUUAGGCAACCUGAGUCCACAUCAUUUUGUGAUCUACAGAUUUGGGUGUUCUAUCACUCACCUACUCUACAGUAGUUUUGACCACACUCCAUUAACCCUUCUCAUGGCUGAUGACGUUCCCAAUGAACAAGGCAUCCACUGCAAAAAUAGGUCAUACACCAAUGGCUUUUACUAUGAUGCUAACAACCGGAUACUGUACAUCAAAUCAACCUGGCUCAACAAUGUAGGACAGUUUAUUGUUCUCAUUCUGCAUGUAAUGGCACAUGUUAAAGCUGGAAUCCAAGUAAAUGAUGAUCACCCUAUCUUUACUGAGGAAUUUGAUCAUGCAGUUACCAUUCUGGCCACCACCCUGUUCCAAAUGUUCUUUGACACCACUUCUUCCAUGGCAGAGGUGCACCAAGAUGCUGAAAUAUCGGUAAUUUGAAUGUCUAGCCUAUGGUAGAAAUGAUUUAAGGAAACGUGUAUAUAAAACAAGUUUUUCAAAAGAG